AACUAUUAGAUAUUGAUAUAUAUAUUAAAAGGGCAGUGAAGGCGUGGCUUGUAUUUUUGGUUCCUCAGCCGUGAAGCGCAUGAAGGUAGCGAGCCAGCGCCUCUAUGGUUGUGUAGUUGGUGGUGUUGUUGUUUGAUUUUGGUGUUAGGAAUAAAUAAGGUGUUAUUGUUGUUGAAACCCUAAUCAUGGCGCAUAGGUUGCUCCGAGACCACGAAGCCGACGGUUGGGAGCGCUCCGAUUUCCCCAUCAUCUGCGAAUCCUGCCUCGGCGACAGCCCCUACGUUCGAAUGACAAGAGCAGAGUAUGACAAGGAGUGCAAAAUUUGUACAAGGCCUUUCACUGUUUUUAGAUGGAGACCUGGUCGAGAUGCAAGAUAUAAGAAAACUGAGAUCUGCCAGACAUGUAGUAAAUUGAAAAAUGUCUGUCAAGUGUGCCUUCUGGAUCUUGAAUAUGGACUACCAGUUCAAGUUCGGGACACGGCUCUUAGUAUCGAUUCCAAUGAUGCCAUUCCAAAGAGUGAUGUUAAUAGGGAGUAUUUUGCUGAAGAGCAUGACCGCAGGGCUAGAGCUGGUAUAGAUUAUGAAUCCUCUUAUGGUAAAGUACGGCCAAAUGAUACUAUCCUGAAGCUUCAAAGGACUACACCAUAUUACAAAAGAAAUCGGGCGCAUAUUUGCAGUUUCUACAUAAGGGGUGAAUGUACCAGAGGAGCUGAGUGCCCUUAUAGACAUGAGAUGCCUGUAACUGGGGAAUUGUCUCAACAAAAUAUUAAAGACCGUUAUUAUGGGGUGAAUGAUCCAGUGGCUUUGAAGCUACUUGGCAAGGCAGGAGAGAUGACCACUCUGGAGGCUCCUGAGGAUGAGAGCAUUAAAACUCUUUAUGUUGGUGGACUUGAUGCCAGGGUCACUGAGCAGGACUUGCGGGAUCACUUCUAUGCCCAUGGAGAAAUUGAAUCCAUCAAAAUGGUUCUCCAACGGGCUUGUGCUUUUGUCACAUACACAACCAGAGAAGGUGCAGAAAAGGCAGCAGAAGAACUUUCCAACAAACUGGUUAUUAAGGGCCUAAGGCUAAAGCUGAUGUGGGGCAGGCCUCAGACAUCGAAACCUGAAUCAGAUGGCUCUGAUCAAGCAAGGCAGCAGGCCUCCGUUGCUCACAGUGGAUUGUUACCUCGGGCAGUUAUAUCUCAGCAGCAGAACCAGGACCAAACCCAAGGAAUGCUUUACUACAACAAUCCACCACCUCUACAGCAGGAAAGAAGCUACUACCCAUCAAUGGAUCCUCAAAGAAUGGGAGCUCUUAUUCCAUCACAGGAUGGUCCUCCUAGUGGGCCUUCUGGGCCUGGGGAGAACAAGCCCAGUUUGGAGAAGCAGCAAAUGCAACAUUAUCCUCGUCCAAUGAUGCCCCCUCCACCUGGCCAAUAUCAUCAUCAGUAUUAUCCUCCAUAUGGUUAUAUGCCACCAGCUCCUCCUUAUCAUCAGUACCCACCACCUGCAUACAAUUCUGCAGUGCCUCCAUCCCAACCUCCUCCCUCAAAUCAUCCUUAUCAGCAGCAUUCUAUGCAGCCAGGGUCUUCACAGACAGGAACUGGACAAGCCGCAGCUGCCCCAGUUGAAACUGGAACAUCAACAUCAGGGUCACAGCAGCAAUGAAAUUGCCUAUGCUGAUGUUUCUAGUUAUGUUUAAUUAUUGUUCAAAGUUUUUCCUGAAACUGACCAUGCUGACAGGGAAGUUAUUUUCACUCAAGCUGUCAAUUUACUAUCUCAACUAGCUUGAACAAGUUAUUUUAUGAUUGGAUUUUGUGAUUUUGUAACUCUUGCUUCCUGGUUAGAUCAUAGUCAUGCUCAGCUUUAGUAUUACUUUGCAUCGAAUGCUGAUGUUACAACUUUGCAUCGAAUACAACAUUUGGUAAAGUUCGCCAGUUGGUUUUA